AUGCCCCAGGUUGAACAACAGUCGAGGACUGGACAGGGAGCACAGCACUUCCAGUGGCUAGCAAUAUUCGGCUUCACCAAAGGACGCGACCUGCCGAUCCUCUUCAUAGCGAUACUGUCGGCAGCAUGUUCCUCAGCUCUCGGUCCUGUGAUGGCUGUCUACACAGGCAAGUUCGCUGACGCUGUAGCUCAAUUCGGAGGAGGCUUGAUCGACUCCAGGGCAUUGCGCGAACGCACAACUCCUGUGGUGAAUGCUUUUGUUGUCAUUGGGUGUCUAACACUCAUAUUGUAUGGUCUGAUGUAUUCGUCCUGGUCAAUGUUCGGAGAGCAACAAGCGAGAAGGGUUCGAGAAGAGCUGUUCAAAACCUUACUAGAGAAGGAUUUGAAUUGGUUCCAGGAGCGUGAGGACGGUGUUGCGUCGCUCCUCACCCGACUACAGACCCAGAUCCGCGAAUUGCAGCAAGGACUUUCUCAGCCACUUGCAUUCGUCUUGCACGGUAUCACCGAGGGAUUUGUUGCAUUUGGUCUUUCACUGUACUACAACUGGAAGCUCACUUUGGUGGUGCUCAGUGGCAUGCCCGCCGCUGGACUUAUGCUCAGAUUCACAUCGGGUCGCAUACAACGUCACAUUCAAACGCAACAUGCUUCUCUGGCUCGAGCAAGCACAUCUAUCAACUUCGCUACAGUAAACAUCUCCCUUGUCAAAUGUUUCAACACAGGUUCGCAGGAGUCUUCCAAUUAUGCAGCUGCAAUCAAAUCUGCAGCGCUCUUUGCGCUCAGACAGUCUCGAUUGGCAGCCGCUCAAAUGGCGAUGCUGGCGGUGGUAUUGAUGGUCAUGUUCAUGAUAGGGUUUUGGUACGGUGGUAAAAUGGUCCAUGACGGUGACAGCAUGGCCGGCAAGGUCAUCACCGGAAUGUGGACAGCAUUCAUGGCACUAAAUGCCUUCCAAAGCGCUGCACCGCACAUUUUGAGUCUUGCCAAAGGGCAUGCGGCAGCAGUAGCUCUGCGAGAUCUGAUGAGAGUUGUAGAGCGGGGACAGCGGACCUCCAGCAAGGUGGACGGCAUCGUGCCUAAGUUGUGUGAAGGAAAAAUCGAAUUGCAAAAGGUCUCCUUCUCGUAUUCGACUCAGCCUGAUCAUUUGGUGCUUCGGGCGUUAUCCGUUACAUUCGAACCUGGGAGGUUAACCUUCAUCGUCGGUAAAUCUGGCUCUGGCAAGAGCACCAUAAGUAAUCUGCUCACAAGAUUUCAUGCUCCGAUCUCAGGGUCAUUAUUAAUUGACGGACACGAUAUUUACGAUCUGGACCUUACCUGGCUCCGCAACAACAUCACACUAGUGCAGCAGCAAUCCUUUCUCUUCAACGAAACUGUUUUUCGCAAUAUUGCGCUCGGACACCGGCGGCAUGAGCAGGUGACGUCUAGUCAAGCACUGGAAUGUGCUCGCCAUGCUUGCCUGGAGGACACAAUAUCAGCACUGCCCUACGGCAUCUACACGAAAGUUGGGGCCGGAGGCAAGGCACUUUCGGGAGGGCAGAUCCAAAGAGUGGCUCUCGCAAGAGCUAGACUGAGGAACACGCCCAUCCUGAUUCUAGACGAAUCCACCAGUGCUCUGGACAGCACAACGAGAAAGAUCGUCAUGGAACACAUACGUGCGUGGCGGGCCGGCAUGACUACAAUCGUCAUCACGCACGAUACAGACCUUAUUGAGAAGGACGACUACGUUGUGCUCAUGGAGGAGGGCAAAGUCACACCUUCCGAUGCUAGUCCGAGACUGCCAGAAGUCGAUCCAAGCUCGGAGAAGGCAAAGAACGACCACAUUCGGCCUGCAGGGCUGAAAUGGACCAAAGAGGCCAUCACACGGCGUGCUUCAUUCGAAAAACGACUUGAUGAUCUGAGUAGUGGCUCGUACCUCACCUCACCAAAGGCCAUGCGUAAUGCUUCUCGCAUGACUCUGUUGAUGGCGGGCAACACCUCUGCGGCGAGAGCUUCAAUGCAUGCCGCGUCCAAUGCUCGGCUUCCGGCACUGGCUGCAAAGGCUAGGCCUGAGCCAGUCGAUCCAGUACCAAAUUCAUCUCCGACUGCGUCAACGACGGAGGGGAGUAUUGAACUGCAGCAAGUCCCGACACUGAGCAGUAAGACAGCCAGAAUAGCCUCUUUAGCUGCCAAUAAGGACAUAGCACUUCCUUCACCGAGAUUGCUUGAGAAUGGCCCUCGAAGUAUCCGCGCAAGAUUCGGUGGUGGUAACUACCACAAACUCGAUGACGAUCAGGACAAGACGCAAUUCUCCCUCCAGAGAAUCUUCGCGACCGUCCUCCCCACCCUGGAUCGUCGAAAACGUACCUGGCUUGUUCUUGGUGCACUAGCGUGCUGCUGUCGCGCCGCCCUCCCAUCACUACUUGCAUACAGCCUGUCCAAAAUCUUCGAAACGUAUUACAUGGUCAGCGACUACGAAUCCAAAGCACUCAGGUGGUGUUUGGUUGUGCUCACAACUGCAGUUCUCGAUGGCUGUCUACUUUUCACCGGCACGUACCUCCUGGACAUCGCAGCCCGCCACUGGGCAGACCGCUUACGAACAACGGCCGCGCAUCGCAUCCUCCAGCAACCAAAAGCAUGGUUCGAAGAAGACGCAAACUCCACAGUCUAUCUCACAUCCGUGCUCGACCGCAACGCGGAGGAGAUGCGUGGCCUGGUCGCCCGACACGCGACAUCAGUGCUCAACGUCAUCAUCAUGCUCCUCGUCGCCGUGAUCUGGUCCUUUGUGCUUUCCUGGAAACUCACCCUUGUCGGCGUCGGCGCCACGCCUAUCAUAAUCAACGCUGCCAACGAUGCUCUUGGCGCAGUUUUUCCCGAGACAUUCACUGACAUCCGCACCGUUCGUUCUCUUACACUGGAAGGCUACUUCCACAAGAAGUACGCCAGUGCUACCAUCGCAUUGUUCGCUCAGGGUCGCCGGCGCGCAAUGUACAUGGGCUUACUGUUCGGGAUCUGCGAGAGCUCAAUCCACUUCCUGAUGGCCGUGCUCAUGUGGUAUUCUGUGCGACUGGCGUCGAGCUACGAAGUCAGCGCCACGCAGAUCUUCACCUCCAUGUCGCUCAUGUUCCUCACGUCUACACAAGCGGGUCUAGCGCUGUCACUCAUUCCGAUGAUCGCUAUUGCGACGGAAUCUGCCACAAGAGUCAUUCGAUUGGCGCAGCUGAAGGUACCCAAGGAGACACUCGAUCGGCCAGAGUCGGCAGCGACCAUCCCUCAACCGAAUCCACAGCCACGUAGCCAGACACCAGCACAACGCUUCGCAAUCUCAUUCAAUAACCUCACCUUCCACUACCCCACCCGCCCACACACUCCCAUCCUACGUAACCUGACCCUCAACAUCCCAGCCGGCACCAUCACAGCCAUAGUCGGCCCAUCCGGCAGCGGCAAAUCAACCCUCGCCUCCCUCCUCUUCAACCUCUACCCUACCUCCGACGGAACCAUCACCCUACUGUCCCGUCCUCUGUCCUCAAUUCCCGCAUCCGAGUUGAGCGCCUUAGUGACCCUAGUCCCACAACACCCAACCCUACUCCCCCACGCCACAAUCGCCGAAAACAUAACGUACGGCCUCUCCCCCAACGCCCACCUCACCUCUCUUCCCAACGUCCACCUCGUAGCCCAACAAGCCGCGAUCCACGACUUCAUCACCUCCCUCCCGCAAGGCUACGACACGGUGAUCAGCGACGGGGCUAACAGCGGUUGCGCGGGUGGCGGUGGAAUGGGGCUGAGUGGUGGGCAGAGGCAGAGGAUCGCGAUUGCAAGGGCGUUGGUUAGGGAAAGUAGAAUGCUGGUGUUGGAUGAGGUCACAAGUGGGUUGGACGGGGAGAGUGCGCGGGAGGUUAGGGAGGGGUUGAGGGCUGUUUUGCGUGGCGAUGGCACGGUCAGGGGUGAUGAAGUCAAGGGCAAAGGUAAGGGGAAAGCCAGAGAGAACCCGGAGGGCGGUACGACAAUACUGAUGAUUACGCACGACAUCGAGACGAUGAAGUGGGCGGAUCGCGUGGUGAUGAUGGAAGAGGGCUGCGUCGUGGAGGACGGAACGUACGAAGAGUUGAUUAGAAUACCGGGAGGGAGAUUUAGGGCGAUGAUGAGUUUGGAAGGGUGA